GAGAUAUGGUUCGACGCUUUAACUUUCAAGUCACGCUCGCUAGACCUUUAUAGGGGCAGAAACACGAAAGGAAUCGGUCAUCGGAAAUGGGUUUUUUUUUUUUUUUUUUUUUUUUUUUUUGUUUGCUUUUUCUUUUAUUUGGAGCAAGAAGUCCUACCGGAUUGGACUGGCUGGAUGAUAUAAAGGAGCAUUCCUUCUUUUCUCUUUAUAAAGGAGAACGCUGGUCGUCGACUUCUUCUAGAACCGACGAUUUUCUCAUAUAUUUUUCCUCUUUGUCGAAAUGUCUUUACGGAGUACUGCGGCAGGGCGGUAAGCUGGGAGGCAGGCCUUUUUAUGUUAGCAUGAUUUGGCGAGGCGACGGGCAUGAGAGAAGAAGAGAAGCUCUCGAAGAGUGAGACACACGCAUGGGCUUUCACAUCAUCGUUGUUUUUAUCAUUCAUCAGCAGGCAGGCUAGCACACGUACACAUAAAGAUAACUUUUCUGAGUUAUGAGCAGG